AUGUGUUGUUUAUCUGCUAGCAAAUACUCGUACAGUAUAAGGCUUGAUGAAUUUUAUCCUGCCGACAAAUUAUUUGAUCUAUUUGUUAAUGCAGAAAUCUUAACAGAAGAACAUGUUAACGUUGACAGUUUUCUUCGUGUUUAUACUAUAUGUAUUGAUCGUAAUAAAAUAGAUGCAAGUAUUCGUAAAUCAGCACUGGAACAAAUGACGAGAAUGUUUCUUGAAAUUGUUUCAAUUUUAACUCUUGCAUUAUUACGCCUAAUUUUUGAUCGAAGUCCCCACAUAACUUCAUUAGUUGAUAAUGUGUGGCUAGUUCAAGUCAAAUCUCAAAUAUGCCAUGGAAUUGCUCAAUAUGAUCGAUGUUCAACAAAUGGUGACUGUGCCUGUUUGUACAUUGCAGGAACGCUAAACAUCGGCAUUUGUAGUGAUCGAUUCUUAGCAGAUUGUUCUGAGCUAGUUAAAUGCGAUCAGAAUAAUCUUUGCGGUGAAUCUGAGCAUAGAUGUGUUCAUCAUCCUCGAUGUCACAGUCAUCCUGUUUGCUACCUAGUACCGAGUUAUAAUCGGCAACUCUGCCCACUGAUAACAAUGAUGAACAUCACAACUACAACAGUAGCUCCAACUACAACUGCAACCCGUACUCAGCAACUAGUUAACAUUCCUGCUAAUGCUAAAUGGAAACAGAGCGGAGUGACUGUUGCUGGAGGUAACGAGGAUGGGGGUGCCACUAAUCAACUCUACUGGCCUUGUGGCCUCUUUGUUGAUGAUGAUCAAACAGUGGUUAUUGCUGACAGCGGGAAUCAUCGUAUCAUGCAAUGGAAGAAUGAUGAUACAACGAAUGGACAAGUUGUUGCUGGUGGCAAUGCCCAAGGAAAUAGAUUGCAUCAAUUGAAUAAUCCAUCUGAUGUAUUAAUUGACAAAGAGACGGAUAGUCUCAUUAUUUGUGAUUAUGGGAAUCAACGAGUUGUACGAUGGUCUCUUCGUAGUGGCACAACACAAGGGUUAAAUAAAAUAUCAAACGAAACAUUAACUAAACCGGAUGAAUUAGAUAACAAAGAGAUGAAGAAAGAACAAGUCUUUAUAGAUUUACCAUUUAUUGGUAUAGAAACAAAAAUGUUGGGUAAAAAAAUUAUUGAUCUAGCUAAAUAUAUUAGGCCAGACCUUCAUAUACAACCUAUUCCUAGACCUCCACCAGCAAUAACAACGUUCUUUCCACAAAAAGAUAAAAUUAAUAAAAAUGCCCAAUCUAAUAUAGUUUACAGUAUAUCAUGUUCAGAUUGUGACGAGCACGGCGCACCACAACAACCAAAGGCACCCUCUACCCCUCAAAUAGCUACACCAGACUUAAAUAUUCAAUCAUUAAGACGAUCUGAUCGUCUUCGAUCAAAACCGAACGUUAAUUAUUGUCAAGAUGACAAUGAAUGUAUUGCUAAAUCUCAGGAGAAAAAUGAUGAAAAAUUGAUGAAAUCAGCUCUUUAUAAACAUCAAAUGAAUAUGAACCACACAAUCAAUUGGAAUGAUUGGAAGAUCAUCUCAAAAGAUUGCAAAAAAUAUCGUUUACUGGUUCGCGAAUCCUUACAAAUUCUUCACAAAAAAACAAUUUUGAACCGAACUAUGUGUUCUGUUCCUUUAGUUGUAUAUCCUGAAGGUUUACAAAUAUCUAAACCUACUGUCAAAAUUAAACUUGGGACAAUUAUUAAACCACGGACCCCGGGCAAAUAG